AUGGCAAUUGAAAAUAAGCCUGCGGGCAGUCUCAAAGUCAAGACAUUACAAAUCCAUUGGCAUGACAAGCAGGCAGUUUACAGCGUCGACUUUGAGCCUGGAACAUCUGAAAGGUUUGCUACUGGAGGUGCUGACAAUGCUGUGCGAAUCUGGAAGAUUCAAAAGAGCGAGACUGAACCACCAAAUAUUCAGUUCAGAUCUACCUUGUCAAGACACAGCGCAGCAGUCAAUGUCGUUCGCUGGUCCCCAAAAGGCGGUGUCUUGGCCACUGGUGGUGAUGAUGCCUCAAUUAUAUUAUGGCGUGAAGCUCCACAUACUGCUGCUACACAAUCUGCUGGAAACAUUGCUGAUGAAGACGAAGAAGAGAAUCUGGAAACAUGGCGAUUGCAUAAUCACCUAAAGAUACCAACUGGACGUGAAAUUUAUGAUCUGGCAUGGUCUCCUGACGCUAAUUAUAUCAUAUCUGCGUGCUUUGAUAACGUCGCUCGAAUAUGGGAUACACGCGAUGGUAAAUGCAUUCAUGCUAUUGAGGAUCAUACUCAUGUUGUGCAAGGAGUGGCAUGGGAUCCUCUAGAACAGUAUCUCGCUACACAGAGUAGCGAUAGAUCCGUUCACAUUUAUUCAUACGACAUCAAACCCACCGGUGUUACUGUGAAACGUCUUGCAUCUCACUCCCGAAUCGACACUCUUCAACCAGCAGAGCCAUCAGGCAGUAGAAGCAAUACUCCAAUACCACCACCGCAAUCGUCACCGACGAAGCCUGCUGCUGCAUCAUCAUCAGCUGCACCUAUUCCAGAAGUGCCUGUACCUGCCCCUGUAUUACAACCACCCACAAAAAUGAGAAUGUAUCGUGACGAGACCUUAGUGAGCUUCUUUAGAAGACUCACAUUCUCUCCUGAUGGAUCGUUGCUGAUAACUCCAACUGGACAAUACAAGUUGGGUACAGGCAAGAAUGACAUUGUGCGAAACGCAACUUUUGUGUAUACGAGAGGUGGAAUAAGAAAACAGCCAGUCGUAAUAUUACCAAAUAUGAAGAAACCGUCAAUAGCUGUUCGAUUCAAUCCUAGAUUCUAUGAAUUAGAGGAACGACAGACUCAAGCCACAUUUUUAUUACCACAUCGUCUCAUAUUUGCUGUCGCUGCUCAAGAUGCUGUCCUCAUUUAUGACACUCAAGCAGCAACACCACUUGCAUUGAUGAAGAAUCUGCAUUAUGCUACGAUCAAUGAUAUUGCAUGGUCGUAUGAUGGAACAACUCUCAUGUUAGUGUCUUCUGAUGGGUUUUGCUCAAUGGUCGUCUUUGAUAAAGAAGAACUCGGUAUGGUUAUUGCUCGAGACCCUACUGCUGCUAUGGACGGUGUAGAAAUCCUGAGUACGGGUGUUACUGUCCCUGAUAAUGUCGCAAUGAGGGACAAUGAUGUCGAAAUGAUUGUAGACGAUGAUGAAUCUCGCAUGCCUGACAAGAAGAAUGAGGGUGCUUUAUCACAGGCCAAGCUCAUGAAAUUCGAUAUGGCUGGUAGUGCUGCAGAUCCAGUACGUAUUGACAGUGUUGAACCUAUAGACGUUGAUAGUGUUGAGCAGACCAUAGAGGUUGAACAAACUGUGCUUUGA